AUGGAAGAGAACGAUAUGGUAAACAAACUGAUUACUAUAAAGCUAGAAGACGAUAGAAGGAUGACGACAACACCACCGCCAAUGAAGAAAAUGGCACGACGUGAUCAUUUGAUCGAGAUUGAAAACAAAGUGAUUGCUCAAUGGGAUGCUGUCAAGCUAUUUGAAUCAAAUCCAGCUCCAGAUCGACAAAAAUACAUGGUCACGUUUCCAUAUCCCUACAUGAAUGGCUACUUGCACGUUGGUCAUUUAUUUACACUAAUGAAGGUCGAAUUUGCCUCACGAUAUCAUCGUUUAAAAGGUGAGAAUGUGAUUUUUCCAUUUAGUUUUCAUUGUACAGGAAUGCCCAUUCAAUCUGCUGCUAAUAAACUUAAACGUGAGCUUGAAACGUAUGGGAAUCCACCUACUUUUACUACAAAAGAACAAGAGAUGACUACGUCCAUGAAGGAUGUUAAAAACACGGAAGAAGGAUCGUUGAAUAAAGCACAUGGUAAAAAGUCCAAAACAGCUGCAAAAUCAGGUGGCGUUGUACAUCAGUACGAGAUUCUCAAGAUGUCUAAUAUUCCAGAGGAUGAGAUUGGUAAAUUUCAUGAUCCACGCUAUUGGCUUCAAUACUUUCCACCUCAUGCUAUUGCUGAUCUCAAACGCUUUGGCAUGAACAUUGAUUGGCGUCGUUCGUUUAUUACUACGGACAUUAACCCGUUUUACGACGCUUUUGUCACGUGGCAGCUCAAUAAACUCAACGAAAAUGGCCGUGUUGUGCGUGGUAAACGUCCCAAUGUUUACUCUAUCCUAGAUGGACAGAGCUGCGCCGACCAUGAUCGUGCAUCGGGUGAAGGUGUGGGCCCUCAGGAGUAUACGCUCGCCAAGUUGCGUGUGCAAGAACCGUUGCCAGAGAAGUUUGCAGUGCUUACCGGCAAGAAGGUGUACCUGGCUGCGGCGACGCUGCGUCCUGAGACGCUGUAUGGACAGACCAACUGUUUUGUGCUGCCUGACGGCGAGUAUGGUGCUUUCUUUAUCAACGAUGACAAUGAUGUAUUUGUGAUGAGCCGCCGAGCUGCGCGCAACUUGGCUCACCAGGAGUACUCACGUGUCUGGGGUAAGGAGGAAUGUCUGCUCGAGUUGAAGGGAUGGGACCUGUUGGGUCUGCCGUUGGCGGCGCCUAACGCGCCAUACGACACGAUUUACACGCUGCCGCUACUUACUAUCUCCAUGGGCAAAGGAACGGGAGUGGUCAUGAGUGUGCCGUCAGACUCGCCUGAUGACUUCGCCGCAUUCCGUGACCUAAAGCAAAAGCCCGCUCUGCGUGAGAAGUACGGCAUUGAGGAUCACAUGGUGCUGCCGUACGAGCCUGUGCCCAUUAUCGAAAUCCCAGGCUUUGGUAACAUGGCCGCUGAAAAAGUUUGCAAUGACCUCAAGAUCGUGUCGCAGAACGACAAGGACAAGCUGGCCAAAGCUAAGGAGCUUGUGUAUCUUAAGGGUUUCUACGAGGGCGUUCUCAUUGUGGGCUCGCAGAAGGGUCAGAAGGUGUGCGACGCCAAGGCCAUCAUGCGCCAGGAGUUACUUGACGCUGGCAACGGUAUUGCGUACUGGGAGCCGGAGUCGCUCGUAAUGUCGCGGAGUGGUGACGAAUGUGUAGUUGCUCACCUGGACCAGUGGUAUCUGACCUAUGGCGCUGAAGACUGGAAGAAGCGUGUCAUGGACCACAUUAGUGAUCCGAAGUCUUUUGAUGCUUACAAUCCGGUGGCGCUUGGUGAAUACAAGUCUACUCUCGGGUGGCUGAAGGAGUGGGCACCGUGCCGUCAGUCAGGCCUGGGCACGCGUCUUCCGUGGGACCCUGAGUUUGUGGUGGAGUCACUGACCGACUCGACUAUCUACAUGGCAUAUUACACCAUCGCGCACCACCUGCAGGCCAAUCUUGAUGGCUCAAAACUGGGUCCACACGGCAUCAAGCCUGAGCAGAUGACUAAGGAAGUAUUUGAUUACAUUUUCCUGAAGGCCUCGCCGCCGACGGAGUCCACGAUCCCGCUGGAUGUGCUGAAGCAGAUCCGCGACGAGUUUGAGUAUUGGUACCCUGUUGAUGUUCGGGCGUCAGGCAAGGACUUGAUCCGCAACCACUUGACGAUGUGCCUAUACAACCACGCCGAGAUUUGGCGUGAUGACCCGUCCAAGUGGCCGCGUGGCUUCUUUACAAAUGGUCAUGUACAGGUGGACGGUAAGAAGAUGUCUAAGUCCAUGGGCAACUUCCUUACGCUUAAGGACUGUGCCGUUGAAUUUGGUGCUGAUGCUACCCGUUUUGCUUGCGCUGACGCUGGCGACGGCAUGGAUGAUGCUAACUACGCCCUGGACACGUGCCGCAUGGCAAUUUUGCGGCUUACUACUGAGGAAGAGUGGAUCAAACGCAUGGUAGAGGACAAGGCGCUGCUGCGAACGGGCGAGCUCAACUUUAACGAUAAGGUCUUUUGGAACCAGAUGAACAGCCUGAUCAGCACAACGGCGUCAUUUUAUGAGCGCCUGCAAUGGCGUGAGGGUCUUCAUUCGGGCUUCUUCGAGUACCAGAUCGCUCGUGAUUCGUACCGUGACAUCUGUGCCCGUGGCGAGAUGCAGAUGCAUCAUGACGUAAUUAUGCGUUUCAUCAAGUCUCAGCUUGUCAUGUUUUCUCCCAUUUGCCCGCAUUUCUGCGAGUACAUGUGGACCGCGAUUGGCAAGAAUGGCUUUGUGUCAGUGGCUUCUUGGCCCGUGACCGAGGAAGUUGAUCUCGCGCUUCUGCGUGCAGGUGAUUUCCUGAACAAAGUUACCCGUAGCUUCCGCGAGACGUUGACGAAGAGCAGCAACAAGAAGAAAGGCAAGAAGGGAGCUGCACCCGACGAACCAGUCAAGAAGCGUACACACGCUCAAGUGUACUUGAGUACGGAGUUCCCGGAGUGGCAGCAGAAGGUGCUCUUGUUCAUGGACGGUCUGUUUGAUGACGCGACGAAGGCGUUUCCUGCCGACUUUAUGAAGCAGCUUAAGGGUGAAAUUGCGAAAGUCGACUCGCUGAAGAAGUUGACGAAGAACGUGAUGCAGUUUGCUGCGUUCGUCAAGGUGGAGGCUGAGCUACGUGGCCGGGAGGCUUUGGAGCUGAGGAUGCCGUACGACCAGAAGAGCGUGCUUGCCUCUAACAAGCUAUACCUUUGCCGGUCGUUGGACCUCCAGGACAUUGACUUUUACUACGUGAGUGAGGAGAUCCCAAAUGGAGACGCAAAGAAGAUGGAGACAGCAUCACCAGGCAAGCCUGUCAUAUACGUCUAUGCCCAGUAA